GUCGCCUUAUCAAUUUCCGUAGUAAUACACCUCCACUCAGACUAUAAAACAUCUGUACCUCUCUCUCGACUUAAACCAACAAAAGAUGAAGAUAUCAAUUACCUUAGCUGUCUGUCUGAUUGUGUCUGUUUCUGGACAUUGGAACUGGGGAAGAAGUCGACCAAAACCCAAACCUGAUUGUAGUUUACCAGUAGACUCAGGCAAAUGUUUCUUCUGGUUGAGACGUUUCUUCUUUAAUACCGAAACCGGAGCAUGCGAGAGAUUCCGGUACAAAGGAUGCCGGGGAAACUCCAAUCGAUUCAAAACUUUACAACAAUGCAGAGAUACAUGCGAAGGACAAAUCGACAUGAGUUCUAAUGGAGGCAUGACACCAAAUAUGGAUGGAGGGGUUGGAACUGAAACAAUGAUGCCAUCUGGCGGAAAUGGAGGUAAUGGAGGGAAUGGCGGGAAUGGUGGAGAUAGUGGUUUUGGUGACGGAGGUAACGGAGGAGGCGGUGGUAACGGUGGAGACGGCGGUUUUGGUGAUGGAGGUGAUGGGGGAAACGGAGGUAAUGGCGGAGAUGGCGGUUUUGGUAAUGGUGGUGAUGGAGGAGGAGGUGGGAAUGGUGGAAAUGGUGGCGGCGAUAAUGGUGGUGGAAAUGGCGGAAAUGGAGGUAAUGGUGGAAAUGGUGGGAAUGGUGGAGUAACUGAAGGUCGUGGAAAUAGCGGAGACGGAGGCAAUGGCGGUAAUGGUGGAAAUGGUGGGAAUGGUGGUGGCGGAGGAGAUGGCGGAAACGUUGGUGGUACUACCGAUGAGAUGUCUACUAAAGGCCAAAAACCAUCCCCGGAGUGAUUAUGGCCUUGGCACUCAAUAUCACAUUCUGGUCUUCUAGUAUUUCUUAAGCAUUCAUGUGAUGAAAAGAAAUUGUGUAAUUAUUCAUAUAAACGACAUGCAACAUAUACAAUGUAAUAUGCAUAUUUAAGAUGGAGAAUUUGACUGCCAAACAUUUUCAUUACCAUUAUUUGUAUACUUUUUGUCGAAUACAAAAUUUAUUGAAUUAAAACAAUGCAACUUU